AUGGAGUGGAUCAGACGGCAGCUUAACAUAGUGUGGCAUCUGGACGAGGGCCGUGACUAUCUUUACUUUCUGCGUCCUUUUCAAUUGGUGGCAGGUUAUCCGAUUAAUUUAAGGCCCGUACUAGCGAAGUUGGUGACUAUCGUUCGCCUCGCAGCGUAUCUUGUAUAUCUUACCAGCUUGAUACACAAGAUUUACUACGUACUCUAUCGACCAGAGGACAUUAACUACGUCUCGUUCGUAUCGGGAGGCAUUACGGUACUGGUGGCCGUACUGCUGCUGAUGAUCAUUUUCACCGUCCACUACGAUGCGUUUCAACAGUUGGGUGACUUUUUGAAUGAUCGUUCCUUUGCGCAAGAUCAUCCACAGGCUUCCAAGAUCCGGCAACGCUGGUAUCGCUGGAGUAAUUGCCUAAUUCUCGGGCCGCAGUGCGGCAUCAUACUCAUUCUAUUGCAGACAUGGUUUUCCCGGCAGCACAUGAAAAAGCACACCAUGCUGGUCAUACGCGGAGAACCGAUUGGAACCGAGUUUUCCCAUUUCGCGUACGUAAGCUUUCUCUACUUUCCGACGGUUGGCUUCUUUAUGGGGUGCUCGAUAGUGAAUGCAAUUUUGGUGGGUUUUAUGGGCGAAAUGGAACUGUUAGCUACCUGUCUGGGGGAUGUUUUCAAAACGGUUGAAAGCCAGCUUGGUGUCCAGAAAGCACAAAACAAUCGGACAGCAUUUUGGAUCACAUUGCACGAUCAACUGCGCCAAUGUGCAAAGCGGCACUGUGAAAUAUUCACAAUGCUUCCGAAAUUGCAACGAAUGGCCAGCUUUGUCUUUCUGCAGCAUCACAUCUUCUCGCUGGGACUCGUGACGGCCGGAUGUUACGUGACACUGCGGGGACCGGCAUUGCGUGAAAACGUAGUGCUGAGCGAAUAUCCGAUCUCGGUCGUGGUGGAAUACUUUAUCUUUUGUCAGCUGGUUGAGAGAUUGCAGGACAUGAAUCAUUAUAUCGCUGAAAAGCUGUACGGCACUGAUUGGAUGCUGGAGUUGCAGUUUUCGCGCAAGUUUCAACGUGAAUAUCGAUCGGAGUCCCUUACUAUCGGUUUGCUGAUAAAUCGCAGUCAACAAAGAAUUAGGUUCACCUGUGGCUCUAUCAACGCAGUGUCGAUGGAAAAAUUUACCGAGUUCAUCAAUUUGUCAUACUCGAUUGUGAUGUUUUUACUAAGCAUAAAUUGA